AGUGCCGCUGAAAGUUCCCAUAGAACUGAGGACGGGAAAAUGGACAGCAAUUGUGACGAUGACAUGGCUGUAUGCUCCGGGGAAGCUCUGACUGCCUGCCAAACACGAACGAACUUCCAUUUGAAAAAUUAUCUUUCUUUUCACUAUCUGGGUCCUGAUUUCGAAACGACAUCGGGAUUUAAAUGGACCAAUUUUUCGAAGGAACAACCGCUCUGGCUGUUGGGACGAUGUUACCAUCAGAAAUCCACCCCCGGCCCAGCGUUGAUGGAAAACUCCGUAGAACUGACCAGUGCUAGUUUGGAAACCAAUCACAUAAUUUGUGAACAGCAGCAGGUUCAGAUGAGGCAGUCUCCCUCGGAAAUUUAUGUGGAAAGCCCUGCGGAAGAAACGGGGACCGAUGUCAUCGAAGACAGCAGCCCGGAAGCAAUAGUGGAGGAAGAAGGUUGCAUGAUCCGAUCGGGUCAGAUGUUGGUGGCGCAAGGUUUAAUUACGCAUUUCUUAGGCUGCAGCUGGGAUUCGGUGGCUGAGCAGUUCAGAUUAUUGGUUUCUCUGGGGAAGGAAUCUAGCAAAAAAACCGGGUGACUGGUACCAACCAGGGGCAGUUGCUCACCAACUGAGACAAGCGGUUAGGUUAGCGGCACAAGAAAUAACCGAUUUGGAUGGAUUUCACGUAGAUGAUAGCACAAGAUUGCGCCGUAUACAUCCAGCAUAUUCUGGAAGAAUGUACGAUUACAACUGCACCAUCCGUGGCAUCAUGGCAAAAG